AGGACUGCCACUUCUUCGUACCAUUCCCCGCGCACAAGAGCAUCUCAAGGGCCAGCAAGCAUGGACGUCCCCUCUCAAGAGGAGCUGCAAGAUCAGCUUGAGAGGCUCCAACGUCUUGCCCUCGAGCGACACAAGGAAGCCCUUACUCUGCCUACUAUUGCCUCUCCCUCCGCCCUCACCCGCGGCCUCACAGAGCUGAACUCCUCUCUCCCCGCCACCGGCUUGGGCUUGAAUGCAACCACCUCCCAUCUCCUCCAAGAGGUGGCGCCCACUCUUGCACCUGGCCAUGCCGCCAGCAGGUACUUUGGCUUUGUGACAGGUGGGGUCACCCCUUCUGCCCAGAUCGCAGACUGGUUCACCACCCUACUUGAUGCCAACGUGCAAGUUCACCUGCCUAACGAGACGCUCAGCACCCUCAUCGAGCACGACACUAUGGGCAUGUUGUGUGAGCUGCUCGGCCUCGAAAGGCAGGAUUGGACAGGGACUUUCAGUACGGGGGCAACGGCAAGUAAUGUGUUGGGGCUGGCAUGUGGGAGAGAGAGGACGCUCGCCACAGCUAUGAGGGAGAGAGGUUUGGAGGAAUGGUCCUCUGCAGAGCACGGUGCCGGCUACGAUAGCGAGGAUGAGGGUCCAUACGCGCCACCGACACACGUCUAUGUGGCACAGCCGCACGCUUCGGUCAAGAAGGCGGCCGCCCUCGUCGGCAUAGGACGGGCGAGAGUCGUAGACGUGGGGCAAAGGGUGCCGCCUGGCAAGGAUCUAAAUGACCCCAUCGCCCUAGCCGCAGUAGCACUGGACUUCGACCUCGCUCUCCUGGAGUCGCACUUGGCCCGCAACAAGCAGCGCAAGCACCCUUCAAUCAUCGUGGCUGGCCUCGGCGAGGUCAACACAGGCGCCUUGACAGCCCAGCUGCCUGCUCUGCGCCGGCUGUGCGACAAGUACGGAGCUUGGCUGCAUGUCGACGCUGCCUUCUCUGCCUUUGUGUGCCUGCUAGACGGGCAUCAAUGGAUCUCUAGACAUCUCGACGAGUGUGCCGACAGCAUCACAAGCGAUGCCCACAAGCAGCUGAACGUGCCGUAUGACUGCGGCUUGUUCUUUGUGAGGAGGAGAGGCAAGGAGCGAGGCUGUGGCCUAGUAGCUAAGGCUUCAGGGAGCGAAGAGCAAAGCGUGCUGGAGGAUGUGCUUGGUCCAGGCAGAGGUGGGGGCCCUGCUUACUUGGCAGCGCCUUCUGCCUCCUCUGGAGCGCUAGCGGAAGACAGCGACACAGCAUCCUUCUCCCUCCUCGCAGAGCGACGCGCCUACCUUGCGUCGCUCCCAUCUCCUCUGCACCGCAACAUCGAGAAUUCGAGGCGGUUUCGCGCCCUCCCUGUGUACACCACACUCCUCUGCUACGGGCGCGAGGGUAUCACAAAGAUGGUACGACGCAACGUGGACUUUGCGCGGGCGAUUGAGGCAUGGAUGAGGGGAAGCGAGGGACGGGAGUGGUACGAGGUUCUGACUCCAGAGUGCGGACAGAUGGACAAGGGGAAAAUGCACGAGCCUCAACCUUGGCGCGGGGAAUGGGCUACGACGGUGGUCCUCUUCCGUGGGAGAGCCGUUGAGGCUGCAGAGCUGAUUGCAAGAAUCAAGGCGACGAGGAUGUUGUAUGUCUCGCCAACGUCGUGGGGUGGGAAGGGGGCUGUGCGCCUUGCUGUGAGUAAUUGGCGGACAGGGCUGGAGGAUGGUGACGGGAAACAUGUCGCGAAGGUGCAGCAGAGUUACGACUACCAGGUCACGGUGCAGACGCUGCUGGACAUCGUUCGAGGGGAUGCGUUGGCGCAGUGAGGGCCGUCCGCAAAUAGAUAACAUUGUUCUUCG